AUGAAAAGAGAAAGAUCUUCCGAGAGAAGAAGCAAGAAUGUAUCUAAAAGGCGCCGUGUAGAGACCUCUUCAGAUGACAGUCGUCCGUGGUACGAGGUGAUGCUUGCCCUGGCGGCCAAAUCAGCUUACAAGCAAGACUUUGCUUCUGCUGUUCAUGAAUGGAGAGAUCACAUUCGAGACUGGCGUGAGUUGACCAGCGCCAUCAACAAGUCUGAGGAGCGUAGGGAGCUUCCUACCAUACCACAACCUACGCACCAGAUUGAAUGGUUGGCCAGAGUCAAUUUUAAGCACAGACCAGUGCGCCGUGACGUACCAGAACAGAGACGUCAUCACAAAGUCUCUAGGAAACACGACAUGAACUCCUCCUUCUAUGUCUACUGA